CUCAUCUACGAUGUGAGUGAGACAGCUGCGCGUUCGCCGGGUCAUCUCCGAAUACAGGCGUAGGCAUUCAGUAUGGUUAGAGUUCAGUGUCCGGAGCACAUAAAAACGAGUGCACGAACAGACCUAUUGUGAGAUAAAAAGGCUGUUGGAGGAUUUAAGAAUUUUGUCACACUGUGUUGAAAGACUGACUGUAGAGCCAAGCAGCGUCACGUAACAGUGAAGCAGAAGAGUUGGAAAUACAAGGAAUAUUAGAAAACGCUGUGUAUCGACAUCGGUUAGAAAUGACAGUUAUGGACUUUUUUGGCUGCGCCUUUUUGGCUUUCGGUCCACCACUUGCUAUGUUCACUUUCACUGUAGCUGUGGAACCUAUAAGGAUUAUAAUUUUAAUAGCCAGUGCCUUUUUCUGGCUAAUCUCGCUACUCAUUUCCUCAGCACUUUGGUAUGCUGUUGUACCACUUCAAGACCACCUGGCUUUUGGUCUAGUCUUCUCAGUACUUUUUCAAGAAGCCUUUAGAUAUCUAUUGUACUGGGUGCUACGGAAAGCAGAGCGUGGAUUGGAGAGAGUAACGACUGCACAUGUUGCUGACAGUAGACAUGUCUUUGCAUAUGUCUGUGGUCUUGGCUUCGGGUUUAUGAGUGGUGCCUUCGCACUGGUCAAUGUGCUGGCUGAUGCUGUAGGACCUGGGACAAUGGGUCUUCGUCAAGGCUCAGAAUAUUUUUUUAUAAUAUCUGCUGCCACCACACUCUGCUUCAUUUUUCUCCAUACCUUCUGGGGUAUUAUUUUCUUCUCUGCGUUCGAUCACAAGAAAUGGGGUCUAGUCACCUGGGUUAUUGGUUCACAUCUUUUUGCCUCCUGUAUGACACUGCUCAACCGAUAUGAGACUUAUGCAGCUAGUCUGAUCUCUGUAUACACUGUUCUUGUUAUAACAGCUGUUCUCGCAUUUAGAGUAGCUGGUGGAAGGGUUUGUAAUAUAACACAGUGCUUCAUAAGAAAAUGAAAAUCGAUAUGAGCGUUUAGUACAACUACAAAACGAGACGCUUAAUGCCUUUCAGGGCAUUGAAUCGCAUCAAAUGGAUAUUAAAAAGGAUAUCGCCUCAAAAAGAGAAUUGCGUUUGAGAUGUCAUUCUUACGCUAUGUUUUUUCUAAUUAGAAUAAUAAGACACGACACUAUUUAUUAUUUCGCACGCAGCCGACUUUCAUUCGAUUGGCGAACCGAGAGUGAAAAGCGUUCACAUUCCUACUCGAUGUUAUACCGACUCUUAAUCUAACGAUCUGGAGAGCUCUUGAAUCGUUGUGACAUCGAGCUAGGGUCGAAAAUCAUUCCGCUUCCUUUUAUAGAAGUGGAUACACUGCUCAAGACGUAUACAUAUUGAUUAUGAAAAUGGGCAAAAUGAAUAUCGCGAAAAUUAUGAUGAUCAACUUAAAUUAUUACUCUAUUUUCGAUGACAAAUAAAUAUACGGGACACAACGAAACAAAAGACUAAUGGCUAGGCUUUUAGAAUGAACUUUCCCUAAAGGUGCUUUGUCGAUGUUCUCAUUAACAAUGUGCUUUAUCGUCGAUUGGAAACGCCUUUUUAUAAUGAUAAGGAUCAUGAUAUUCCAUCCAAAUUUAUCGUCUUCGCCAAUAUGUGAGAACCUCUUGUAACGUAUGAGCUAGAGAUUUAACAUUAGCAAUUAUAUUUUAUACAUUUUGAUUAUUGCUAAACUUAAGAGGACGCCAAAGACAAUUGUCUGUUUUACCACUCACCAAAUUCGCAAAUUCUUCAGCUUUAUCAAUUCUAAUACGCAUUUAUGUGCAUAAUACUUUGCUAUCUUUCAAUAUGAAGUUCUAACCAGCUAAAUUCUAAAGUUAUGAUACUUGCCCUUUUUGCGGCAUCUUUUUCUGCUUCAGUUUUAAUCUUUUGGCUACCUUUGUCGAGCCAUUAGUCAGUCCCUUUAAAUAAAAGCAGGUAUACGGCCGAAUUAAAUUUUUAAAUAAACGUAAUGGUGACUUGUUAAGAAAAGCAAUUCAAUUGAUAGCAUCGUGGUACAAUAUUAAAUGAACUCUGAUAGAAAAUAAUACAUAUAUAUGUGUAUAUGUUUAUACAAACAUAUAUGUGUACAUGUGGUGUUGCCUCACUUCACUCAUUCCUACAUGUUAUAUGGUAAUAACAUUAAUAACAAUCAUAACACACCUUACUAUUAUUGUUACCUUCAUUUAAAUAACACAAAAAAAAGGAAAUAUCAAAAUGACUUGUCGGAGUGGAUUUUCAAAACCACAAGGAAUUGUUGAUUACUUUUUGUAUCGAAAGAAUAACCUGUUAAUGAAUGUAGUUUAGAUGAAUAUAAAAUGUCAUGUAUAUUUUACAUCUUCUUUUUGUAAUCGACUUUCCAUCUAAUUCGUAUUACAUUUUAUGUCAUUCAAUGAAAAUCCUUUUUGUAAUAAAAGAAAUGAGAUGAAAAAUGAAGGAAAAUGCAACACGAGCGUUUAUCUCUAUAGAAGUUCUCUGUCACUCGUCUAGGAUACAUUUAAUUAUAAGAGAAAGAAUGAGAUUAUUUAUUUUUCACUUCUUUUAUUAUGAAAACAAUAAACAACCUAUAAUACA